CCAGACCCGUGUGAGUCAUGGGGCCUAACCCAUGAAGCUGCUUUGCCAGACCUCCCCCAACCAACGAGAUUCAGGAAGUUACCCAACCCACGUGUUCAGCUCCCGGCAGAGACAAAACCUGAAGCUUUGGCUUCCUGCUUGGACCGACCGGCUUCCCAACAUUCAGGGCCAUCCUGGAGUGGCCUCUCUUGCCCCAGUGAGCAGGCCAGCCAGGGGGCAGCUGACUGGAGACUCCGGACGGUGGCCCAGGGGGUCCUCCCAGCAAGCCCUGGCCAGCCGGGGGCGGGGAGGCACGAGCUGCCCCCCAGGGGCGCCCCAUUGGGUAGGAGCCCAGCUGUUGGCCUGCUCACACCAGAUAGCGUCCCUCCUGUAGUCUAUGCCAGCAGCCGGGACCCCAAGCAGGCCAGGAUGCAGGUAGACACCCACCUCCAGCAGAGGAGGAAGGCCCAGGGAGGCCCCCAGAAGGAGAGCCCAGCCUCUCCAGGAGAUGCAGGUCAGCAGUUUGUCCUCCGGGUAACCUACGUGCUCACUGCUGUGGAGCUCACCUGUCUCUUCAUGCAGUUCUCCAUUAUGCCGUAUCUGGCAAAGGACCUGGGCCUGGACUCCGUGGGCUUUGGCUACCUACAGACCCUCUUUGGCGUUCUCCAGCUCCUGGGAGGACCUAUUUUUGGCAGGUUUGCUGACCAGUGGGGGGCCCGGGCAGCCCUGACCCUCUCCUUCUUGGCUGCUUCUGGCUUCUACCUGCUUAUCUCCUUCGCCACAAACGUUCCUCUCCUAGUGGUGUCCCGGAUCCCAGCUAUGUUCAUGCAUGUGCUCCCAGGGGCCCAGAUGGUCAUCACAGACAUGACGUCCCCAGCAGAUCGCCCUGCAGCCCUGGGGAAGUUGGGCCUGUGCUUUGGAAUAGGAGUCAUCCUGGGCUCCAUGCUUGGCGGGACGCUGAACACCAAGUUUGGCAUUUACUCCCCUGCCUAUGUCGCCUUCUUGGCCAACGCCAUCUGCACCCUGGUCAGCCUCACGUGCAUCCCCGCAAACACCAAGGCCACCUCUGAAGCUGAGAGAGCCCCAUCAGGCACACCCCCAGCAGCCAGCGUGUUUGAUUUGAAGGAAAUUGCCCGCCUGCUGGCCCUGCCCGGAGUCGGGUCUGUCUUUUUCAUCAAGAUCCUUUCUGGUUUUCCUUCAGGGCUGUUUAUGAUCAUGUUCUCCAUCAUCUCCAUGAACUUCUUCGAGCUGGAGGCCGCACAAGCCGGGUACCUCAUGUCCUACUCCGGGGUUCUCCAGAUGGUGGUCCAAGGCCUGGUUGUAGGGCAGCUGACUGAGCGGUACUCCGAGGACACCUUGCUCCAGGCCAGCAUCUUUGUCUUCAGUUCCGUGGGCCUGGCUAUGGCCCUAAUGACCAACGUCUUCCAUUUCUGCCUCAUUGUCCCCGGCCUGGUGUUCAGCAUGUGCAUUAUGAACAUCGUCACAGACAGCAUGCUGACCAAGUCGGUGCCCCCGUCAGACACAGGAGCCAUGCUAGGCAUCUGUGCUUCCGUCCAGCCGCUGACGCGGACCAUCGGCCCCACCAUUGGCGGCCUCCUGUACAAGAGAUUUGGAGUCGCAGCCUUUGGCCACCUGCAGUUUGCCGUCAACUUGCUCCUGUUCUUGUAUCUGUACAAGAAGAACGUUCCCCAGAAUGUCAAGAAGUCUCCAUUAUCUUUGCUCCAAGGAUGAGCUUGUUUCCCCUCCCCCCUCCCCCCACCCCUGCAAUAAAUGCCUUGGGCCCUUGGGAGCCCUCUAUUCUGAUGAUGCAGGCUCCCUGCAUGCCCAGCCCAGUCCAGCAAACAGAAGGUCACCGGGUGGAAAGGCUUGAACGGACCAUCCUCAAGCAUGGUCUGUGAGCCAUAGUCAUCAGGGGGGCUUCCUGGAGGAGGCAGACUG